GAAAGAGUUCAGGACGUGCAGAGAGAGUAAGUAAGAGAGACAGAGAGUGACAGACAGACCACAGAAGAACACCGAGCUUUGAGAGGAUAAUCACCACAUCAGACAUGAGCCUCCAAGUUUGCAACUGCUGCGGCUGGUCCAAAGUCACGUCCUACCAUGGCCUGAGAACUCACCAGGGGAAGAUGGGAUGCACGCCGAAAGGAAUGAGGAUCCCAGAGAGUGAACAAUUCGGAUACAGCAGUUACAUUCCUAAACUGACAUACAUAGGACCUCCAAUUACAAUAGAAGAGCCUUCAAUGAUCUUCAAGCCUGUUUCAAAGGGUUUCACAGGCUUUACUUUGAUAAAAGACGAACGUGAAGCAGACACGAGGAUAGAUCUAUGGAAAGAAUCUCUUCAAAAGGACAACGGACCAAUUUACAGCACUCCAGUGAAGAACCAGAAUGUGCAUCCAAUCUUCACUACGCAAGAGAGUCCAACAGAAGCUGGACUAAUGUUCCAAUCAUUGUUGGAAACUCAACAGCUCCCACGGAAAACAGCCACGAACUCAGACAAAACUCACAGAGCGCUUGAUUUCUCCACUGGUACACAGCAGCCUUUCCUGACGCCGGUGACACACAUCUUCAACACCCAAGUGAAUCUUGCAACCACAGAAAUCAACAUGAAGGAGACAAACAAAUCAUUGUUUGAACCUCAGCAGCACUCUCAUCUAACUGACACCAACUCCGUCCAUCUCUCCACGGUUGCACAGCAGCCUUUCCUGAUGCCGAUGUUACAGUCCCUCAGCACCCAAGUGAAUCCUGCAGUCGCGGAGACAAAUAAAUCAUUGUUUGAAACUCCACAGCACUCUCCUCCAACCGCCACCAAAGCUCGUCGAGCGCUUGAUUUCUCCACUGGUGCACAGCAGGUGGGGCAACUGACCUGGGAUCUUCCCGUGACCACAGCUCAGGAAACGUCAGCCCGACCAACGGAGACAGAGUGGGAGAAAGAGAUGGCGAAGGAGAAGGAGAAAGAGAGGGAGAAAGAGAAGGAGAAAGAGAGAGAGAAAGAGAAAGAGAGGGAAAAGGAGAGGGAGAAGGAGAGAGAGGCUCAAAAACUACUCAAGGUAAAGCAAGACAGGAUAAAGGCUGAUUUACAGCAGAAAAUCCAUAUGAGAGAACAAAAGAUGGCUGAAGUCAGAUCAUCUGUAAUAGCCAGCAAGGGCAGCUUGGAUACUGAAUGGCUGGAGAUCAACAACGUGUUCGCAGAGGUGAUGAGAGUUGUGGAGGACGCUUGGAAGAAAGCGCUUCAACCUCUGGAGGAGAGGAGAGACAGAGUAAAGAGAGAAGCACAAAAUCUGAUCCAGGGACUGCAAAAGGAAGUUGACAAACUCAAAAAGACCAUUGACGAGUUGGACAAAAAUCCAAACUUGCAGACUUCUCCUCUAACAGGCCUUGAUGAAUCUUGGAAGAACGUUACUGUUGACGGUUCAUUCUCCCAUGGUACACUAAGAAGUCAAACAUCAAACAUGAUGGAAGAAAUCCAGCAGAAACUGGAAAAACUCUCUUCUGUUGAACUCAAGAGGAUUCCUACAUUUGAAGUGGAUGUAAAGCUUGAUCCAACCACUGCGCACGGGAGCCUUAUUCUUUCUCGUGAUGCAAAGAAAGUGGCAGAUGGAGGAGUCAACCAGAAAGUUCCUGACACUCCAGAGAGGUUUGACAUGUUUGGCAGCAUCCUGGGACUCAACAGGUUGACCUCUGGGAAGUCCUACUGGGAGGUGGAGGUCAGCAACAAGACCGGAUGGGAUCUCGGCGUAGCAAGACGCAAUGCAAACCGUAAGGGGAAACUCACGUUGACCCCAGAUAAAGGUUACUGGGUUAUUGUACAUUAUGAAGAUAAAAAGUACGCAGCCCUGUCAGAUCCACCCAUCAGCCUCCCCCUGAUGGUGAAACCUGAGAAGGUUGGCGUGUUCGUGGAUUAUGAGGAAGGUCUCGUGUCCUUCUACGACACAACGGCCCAAUCGCACAUCUACUCGUUCACCGAGUGCUCGUUCAGUGAUGAGAUUUUCCCGUAUUUCAGUCCACAUCUUAAACAAAAUGGGAAAAACACUAGUCCUCUGAUUAUCUCUGCUGUCAAAAAGCAGUUUCAUGAAGUGCGUGGGCGACUGGUGCGCUGAAAGUUGCACAACUUGACAUAAAAUGUACAAGUUUGGGUGAUACAGUAAUGCAUUACUGUGGUAUGACGGUUCAUAAGACCACCAGAGGAGUUAACUGGGGUUUUCUGGCCUGAUCGUCUGAGCUGUGUGAAGAGUUUCUAAAAAAUUAUACAUAUAUUUAGAUUUUUUUUUUGCUGAAAACACAAUUUUUACACAUUUUAUAUCAAAGAAUUUCUUUCUGUUGUUUUUAUUCCAAAGUAUAGAUGUUGAAUAUAUGUUUGGAUUUCAUAUGAUGUAUUUAUAUCUCCAUGUUCAUCGUGUGGUUUCUGUUGUUACUGAUAAAAUGAGAAAAUGGGGAUGUUCCCUCUGUGGUCACUGUAAAUAUAUCAUUUCACUGCUCUUACAAAAUGUUCCUUGGUAUAAAGUCAGAAUGCAUGAAUAGAACUGCCAUUUUUUAAAAGUUCAUUUCAUAAGAUGUUGAUAUUGAUACAAAAAUAAAUGAAUAAAAGUCGUUUGACAUUGUAUUUCA